AGACAAAACAUCUGGUUCGUUAAAACAAAGCUACCGGAAAAAGAGAAACAAACUUCGCUGCUGUGUAAAUGCACUUUUAGCAAACAGUUUACCGCCUGGCGAGGGCCUGGCCCCAGGGUCCGAAUCCUUCGCGCUCCGCCGGGGCUGAGGUCCCGUCCGAUUCUUGGCUGAGGUGUGGUAGGCAGGCGGCGGCAGGCAGGCAGCUCCCCUGCACCCAGGGCACUUUCUCCUGCCUAGCCAAGCCUGUGGUGUGAGCAGGAGAGUGGAAGGGGCAGACGGGAGCACUAGUGUUCCAGGCGGGCGCAGGCAGGAGAGCAGUGGGCGCCGCCCCCCUUGGCAUUGCAGGGCAGGCGCUGGGCUCCCAUAAGGCCCACCGCCGGGCCAGAUGCCCUCACGCAUUGAAAUGGGGUGCAGGCUCCUGGAGCUUACUCUCCAGGUGGCCCGCUACUCCCUCGGGGCACGAAGAACCCCUCUCCAAGGUCUGGGCUUAGGCCCCUGGGCGCCUGGGGUCCCAGCCUACCCUGGCUACUCUUCCUGGACCGACAGUUUCGAGGACGCCUUUUUCCUGAAAUCUUUUCCCUUACUGCCCAUCCCAAAUGAGGGCACACUUCAGCCUUGCUGGGGUCUGGCGGUCUGUCACCCACUGCCCUCAACCGCACCUUGAACACAACCUCGGCUGCCUCCCGGCGGUGGCCGGGCUGCUCCUUCCCUGGCAUGAACUUCCCGACUCUUGCCGCCGUGUUGCGGGCGAGAUCCUUGCCCCUCUCGCGCACACUUGUUCCCAGCCACGCCCGCGUACUUUUUCUUUUUUCGAACUCCUCCGGGUGGAGAUCGGGUUAGCCAAGGGCACGAACGCCCCCGGGGUGGGAUAGACCUGCGCAGCUAGGCCCUGAGACUGGGGCCUGUGGCUCCUUGAGUUCGGAAAACUGGAGUCGGAUUUCUAAUCCUUGACCAGAAGAAGCGACAUUUGGGAGCAUUUGUACUGAAUAGGGCUCCGCGCCUGGCCACGGGGGAGGAGCGGGGUUCCACGGGACCCCAGGCGCAGUCUUGGGGUCAGGAGUUGUCUUCAAGGCUUCUGGGAAUUUCCACGGCUUGUAAAUAUUACCACCGCACUGCGGGGUGAGCCACCUGGCAGCAGCCAGUUUCCCUUAUGGGCGUUGGCCGCUGGGCAUUUCGGUGUGUCGCCCCACUGCCCCUCAGCCUUUCUCUCUUUUUAUUUUCAGGGAUUUAAAAAAUUAUUCCCAGAAACGUGGCACCUUCCAGUUGGUGGGGGCAUCUAACUGGCCUAGGGGAUUACUUUUUGCGUAACUCACGCAGCUAAGAAGUGACCAGGUGCUGGUGCAGGGGUGGAAGCCUGUUGUUGCUUUUCAAAGGUAUCUGCAACUCUUCAGAGUGGGGUAAAAAGAUUUCUGCACAAUGUGUCUUCUACAGAGUUCUAGCUCCUCCGCCGGGCGCGGGCUUUUCCGCCCCCUAGUCUAGCGUGCAUGCAGUUUGGCCGCUGGAUGUGGGGCGUGAAGCCCGCACUCUGGAGCGCGCCCGUCCUUGCCGCGGGAAGGAACCCCAGCGAGCGCCGCCGCGGCUGUCCCCGGCCUCCUCCGGAACCGUGCAGACCUCCGUGCUCCUGGAGAGCAGUCCUGCAUCCCUUUCAAGUCGCGAUUCGGCGAACGAACACACGCAAAGCUUUACCCGCUUAUGUAGUCGACUGAGGGGCACAACUCGAACAGAAAUAUUUGCAGUAGGAAUAAAGUCAGGUAAAAUGCCGGGUACAGCCGCCCCGCAGACGUCCGAGGAGUGGGUCCUCCGCGCGCCCUUCCCCUGAAGUUCUUAGGGGGGAGCACAAGAAAGGUCCUUUGGCCUGGCCAAACUGCUCAGGGACAUAUGUGAAGAUGUUUGUCCUUUGGACAGCUGGGCGUGGGGGGCAGUGGGGAAAAGAAGCAAAAGCUGGGGAACGUGCAACCACAGCGGAGGUCAGCACUCUCAGAGAAUGGCGCCGGGGAGCUCCCCGACAAGCUCUGGCUUCUCAAACAUAUGGCCCUGCCCUUUCUCCCUCUGUAAAUAACAUGUGAAUUAUAGACUUACUGCCAACCAGACACCAUUUCUCCCUAAAUCGAGCCCGCGGUUCUCACUGGGAUCCGCGUUUCCCCCCCUCCUCUCGCUCCUCCCUGUCAGGCCGUGUCGUGCAGCAGCCAGGCGGGGCCUGGCAAAGUUUUAGCUUGAGACCUUCUGGCUAAGACCUGCCUGGCAUCCUCAACAGCCCCAGACCCGGCCAGCUGAAGCGGGUUAAGCCCCUGCAUUCAGGUAGCUAACGGCUCUAUACUGUGCUUGGUGCGGAUUUGGGAAGCCUCCCUUCCUUCUUUCCUCCACCGCACCCAGUCCACAGAAAAGGGGCAGAGAGAACUUGGUGGAAUGUAAGUGCUGGGUUGACACUGUACUCCUCCAUCUGCCCCAUCCCUAGAAUGGCCUGCAAAACUAGUGACGUUUUGCGGUACCAAUAUUAAACGGGGUGCGUUUGACUAAAAGAACACCCUAGAGAUCACGGUUCCAAGCCGGGCCAAAACCCUGUUGGCGUGUCCGGGCAAGGCAGCGCGGUCGCAGUAUGCACUCCGCAUAGCCCGUGUUGUGCGUGACGGGCUGUCGCUGCGAUGUGCAGCUCAUUGACACUGAUGGAUGCGCCAAUGGUUGGACGGACAGAUGUUAGGGCGGAUCGCGCAGCGCGCGGCGCCUGAGCGGGGGAGGGCGAGGCGGUGAUCUGCGGUGGCUCCGGGCGGCGCGGAGAACUGAGCUCAGGCCGAGACCGGCAGGGGGAGGGGGCGGAGGAACAGAGGUUUGGAGAGCGGCGCGGGGAAGGAGAGGAGGGGGGAGCACGAGCCAGGGCGAUACUCUGCCUUCCGUGCGCGGCGCCCAGCGCUGUGCACACACCACAACCGGCAGGCCUAAGUGGGCGAUCGGCGCUUUGGAGGCGAGCCGGGGGCGGGCAGGAGCUGACCUCGCGCGACGCCUACCCUCCUCCAGGCAAGAGGGGCCCAGCGCCGCGACAGAACCGUGAGGCCACGGGCGGUGUCUGCCAACUCACCGUUUCCUCGUUCGCAAGAAGCGUUUCACGCCCCACGGCCGCGUCUCCGGGCCUGGAGGGGCAGUCGCUCCGGCCUCUGCGGCUGCAGGCACACACUGCACGCCGCGCCCCUGCCCCGAGUCCGCCACACACGGCCAGCCCCGGAGCCCAGCCACAGCCCGGUUCUGACUCCCCGCAACAGCCCGGGGUCCGCACCCCGCAACUCCGAGCGCUCCAGCGCGCGACGGCGCCGGAGGCGGCUUUAUAGCCCGGGAGGCCGGCGGCGGCACAUCUGCAUUCAAGGAGGCGUCUGGACCGAGCCCAAGCCCGCAGGCUGGGGCGAGCGGAGACUUUUGAUCUUACCGUCAGGGUGAGAUCACGGUCUCCUGGUCUAAAAGAAAAGAAAGCAUGCCCGUGAACUUUUAAAACAAACUUGCAGAAACAGUCAUAAAGACAAAAUAAAGAGGAGAGCGGGCAGAAGAAGAGGGAGAAAGAAACUAGGAAAGAAAGAUUAAAAAAGGAAAAAAAAAAGAAAAAGAAAGGAAGGGAGGAAGAAGAAGGCCGGGGUUUGCAGCUCCGGGAGCGCUCAAGCAGCCAGUCCCAGGGCGCGGGGCUCCGGCCCUCGCCAGGACUAUCGGACGUGGGACCCAGGGGAGUCCCUGCGCCCCAGCCGGCGUGCCCAGAAGCAGCGCUGCCUCGGGGACCGCCGGCCCGGCGGCCGCCCCCGCGCCCCCCGCCACCGCCGCCCAGCAGCGCCCGGAGCCGGCCCCGCCGCGGCCGCCCCAUUCCCGGCCCAAGAGCUGGCUCAGGGAGACGCAAUCGAGCCCGCAGCGCAUCGAUGCGCCGCCGCCCGCGCCGCUCCGGCUCGGUCUCCGGCUCCCGCUCAGCCGCCGCCGCUCGGGGGUCGUCCCAAUGAGCUCCGGCCCACCCGCGCCCUCGCGGCCGCCCCUUGCCUGUUGCCGCCGCCGCCGCUCCAGCCGCGCCACGGGCAGAAGACUGGACCGCUGAGCCCAAGGCUGCGGCGGCGGCUGAGCGCCCCUCGAUGCCCUGACCCCCCGUCCGGGGGCGGGGGCCGGGCAGGACCGGCCCGGGCCGCUCCGGCGCUCCUCCUCCCACCCCUCUGCCCGCCUUCUCCCCCUCUCCCCGCCCCCCGGCCCCGAACCCCGCGCACCUCGUCUGGGGACGGGGCGGGGGGGGGCAGGGCCGCCGCUCCUCCCCGCCCCCUCCUCCUCCGGCCUCUGGAGCGAUUUGUCAAACUUCCCAUUCCGCCGGCAGCGCGGUCCUCCUCCUCCUCCUCCUUCACCACCUCCUCCUCCUGUGCCUCCUCCUCCCCCCGCGCUCCUCCCUCCCCGCGCCUCCCUCGCCCGCCCUCCUUCUUCCCUCCGCACGUUCGGGGAUCGCGGAGGAGCGCGGAGAGGGGGGGACGCGGAGAGCCGGGGCGCAGCAGCAUCCUGCGGGCGGCCGCUCUCCGGGGGGGAGGCUGAGAGCCGGCCCGCCUCGCCCCCCCCGCGGGCCCGCCGCCCCUCCCUCCCGCUCCUCAGCCCGGCAGCGGCGGCGGCGGCGGCGGCAGUGGCAGUCGCCGGAGGAGCAUCAUGCCGAGGAGGAAGCAGCAGGCGCCCCGGCGCGCAGCAGCCUACGUUUCCGAUGAGUUAAAGGCUGCCGCCCUUGUAGACGAAGAUAUAGACCCUGAAGAGACUACGGCAGAUGGGGAGCCCUCGGCCAAGUACAUGUGCCCGGAGAAGGAGCUCAGCAAGACCUGCCCCAGCUACCAGAACUCCCCAGCAGCUGAGUUCUCCAGCCACGAAAUGGACAGUGAGUCACACAUCAGUGAGACCAGUGACCGAAUGGCUGACUUCGAAAGUGGCUCCAUCAAGAACGAAGAGGAGACCAAGGAGGUGGUGGUCCCGCUGGAAGACACCACCGUGUCGGAUAGCCUGGAGCAGAUGAAGGCCGUGUACAACAACUUCCUCUCCAACUCCUACUGGUCCAACCUCAACCUCAACCUGCACCAGCCCUCCUCCGAGAAGAACAAUGGCGGCAGCAGCAGCAGCAGCAGCAGUAGCAGCAGCAGCUGCGGCAGCGGGAGCUUCGACUGGCACCAGAGCGCCAUGGCCAAGACCCUGCAGCAGGUGUCUCAGAGCCGCAUGCUGCCCGAGCCCAGCCUCUUCAGCACGGUGCAGCUGUACCGGCAAAGCAGCAAGCUCUAUGGCUCCAUCUUCACGGGCGCCAGCAAGUUCCGCUGCAAGGAUUGCAGCGCCGCCUACGACACGCUGGUGGAGUUGACGGUGCACAUGAAUGAAACGGGGCAUUACCGCGACGACAACCACGAGACUGACAACAACAACCCCAAGCGCUGGUCCAAGCCCCGCAAACGCUCCCUGCUGGAGAUGGAAGGGAAGGAAGACGCCCAGAAGGUGUUGAAGUGCAUGUACUGUGGCCACUCGUUCGAGUCCCUCCAGGACUUGAGUGUCCACAUGAUCAAAACAAAACACUACCAAAAAGUGCCUCUGAAGGAACCCGUCACUCCUGUUGCAGCCAAAAUCAUCCCUGCCGCUAGGAAGAAAGCUUCGCUCGAGCUGGAGCUCCCCAGCUCCCCAGAUUCCACAGGUGGAACCCCUAAAGCUGCGAUGUCAGAUACGAAUGAUGUCCUUCAGAAGAACUCCAACCCUUACAUCACGCCAAAUAACCGGUACGGCCACCAGAACGGGGCCAGCUAUGCCUGGCACUUUGAGGCCCGGAAGUCCCAGAUCCUGAAGUGCAUGGAGUGCGGCAGCUCCCACGACACGCUGCAGGAGCUCACGGCCCACAUGAUGGUUACUGGCCACUUCAUCAAGGUCACUAACUCGGCCAUGAAGAAGGGGAAGCCCAUCAUGGAGACGCCCGUCACGCCCACCGUCACAACCCUGCUCGACGAGAAGGUGCAGUCUGUGCCCCUGGCUGCCACCACCUUCACGUCCCCCUCCAACACGCCUGCAAGCGUCUCCCCGAAACUGAAUGUGGAGGUCAAGAAGGAAGUCGACAAGGAGAAAGCGGUGACAGAGGAGAAACCUAAGGAAAAGGAGAAGCCCUGUGAAGAAGAGGAAAAGUACGACAUCUCUUCCAAAUACCACUAUUUGACUGAAAAUGACCUAGAAGAGAGUCCCAAGGGGGGACUAGAUAUCCUAAAAUCCCUGGAAAACACGGUGACGUCCGCCAUCAACAAGGCCCAGAACGGCACCCCCAGCUGGGGGGGCUACCCCAGCAUCCACGCCGCCUACCAGCUCCCCAACAUGAUGAAGCUGUCUCUGGGCUCGUCGGGGAAGAGCACACCCCUGAAACCCAUGUUUGGCAACAGCGAGAUUGUGUCGCCCACAAAAACCCAGACGCUGGUCUCCCCGCCCAGCAGCCAGACCUCACCCAUGCCCAAGACAAACUUUCACGCCAUGGAGGAGCUGGUGAAAAAAGUCACCGAGAAGGUUGCCAAAGUCGAGGAGAAAAUGAAGGAGCCGGAGGGCAAGCUUUCUCCGCCGAAGCGGGCCACUCCCUCCCCCUGCAGCAGCGAAGUCAGUGAGCCCAUCAAGAUGGAGGCGUCCAGCGAUGGGGGCUUCAAAAGCCAGGGGGACAGCCCCAGCCCCCAGCGGGAUGGCUGCAAGGAGGGGAGCCCCCUGGCAGAGCCAGUGGAGAACGGCAAGGAGCUGGUGAAGCCCAUGACUGGCAGCUUGAGCAGCAGCACGGCCAUCAUCACUGACCACCCGCCGGAACAGCCUUUUGUUAACCCUUUGAGUGCCCUCCAGUCGGUCAUGAACAUUCACCUGGGCAAGGCUGCCAAGCCCUCCCUGCCUGCCCUUGACCCCAUGAGCAUGCUUUUCAAGAUGAGCAAUAGCCUGGCCGAGAAGGCAGCCGUGGCCACCCCACCGCCCCUCCAGUCCAAGAAGGCAGACCACCUCGACCGCUAUUUCUACCACGUCAACAACGACCAGCCCAUAGACUUGACAAAAGGGAAGAGUGAUAAAGGCUGCUCUUUGGGUUCAGUGCUCUUGUCACCCACGUCCACAUCCCCGGCAACCUCCUCAUCCACGGUGACAACGGCGAAGACAUCUGCCGUCGUAUCAUUCAUGUCAAACUCGCCGCUACGCGAGAAUGCCUUGUCAGAUAUAUCCGAUAUGCUGAAGAACUUGACAGAGAGCCACACGUCAAAGUCCUCCACUCCUUCCAGCAUCUCCGAGAAGUCUGACAUUGACGGGGCCACCCUGGAGGAGGCCGAGGAGGCGACGCCCGCGCAGAAGAGGAAGGGCCGCCAGUCAAACUGGAACCCCCAGCACCUGCUCAUCCUCCAGGCCCAGUUUGCCGCCAGCCUGCGGCAGACGUCCGAGGGGAAGUACAUCAUGUCAGACCUGAGCCCCCAGGAGCGCAUGCACAUCUCGAGGUUCACGGGCCUCUCGAUGACCACCAUCAGCCACUGGCUGGCCAACGUGAAGUACCAGCUUCGAAGGACAGGUGGAACAAAGUUCCUCAAAAACCUGGACACUGGCCACCCCGUGUUCUUUUGUAAUGACUGUGCGUCACAAAUCAGGACUCCUUCCACGUACAUCAGUCACCUAGAGUCACACCUGGGCUUCCGGCUACGGGACUUGUCCAAACUGUCCACCGAACAGAUUAACAAUCAGAUAGCACAAACCAAGUCGCCGUCAGAAAAACUGGUGACGUCCUCCCCCGAGGAGGACCUGGGGACCUCCUACCAGUGCAAACUUUGCAAUCGGACCUUUGCCAGCAAGCAUGCCGUUAAACUUCACCUUAGCAAAACGCACGGGAAGUCCCCAGAAGACCACCUCCUGUAUGUUUCAGAGUUGGAGAAGCAGUAGCAUUGGCUUUCGGUUAAAAUGACUGUAACUUGCUUUGAGGGAAACCAUGGCAGGCACCUUAAGGCCCCUCUGUCUCGUUCUUGGCACAUGUUCUUCUGUUAACUGCAGAGAAUCGCUCUGGGCUGGGCUGUUUUGUAUAACUGUACAGUGUUAAUAGAGGUGCAUACUCAGCUGUUGUUACUGGUAAAAUAUGAAGGUUGAACCGCAGUGGUAAGUGUUUGGAACUUUGUGUAAAUGGGAUUGAGUUGUGAGCAUCCCUCGAUGCUUCAAGCUGCAUGCAUUAACAGACAGUUUAAUUCCGCAUUUGUAACGAAGUCGGGCACACUUUUUCCACGCGGCUCGGCUGUGCUGGCAUUUCUCACUCACCCUUUCAUCUUUAGCCCUCUGAGUACUUUGAAGCACUUUUGCAUUAAUUUGGUUAAAAAAUAAAAUAAAAUAAUAAUAAUGUAUGAAGCUCUGUUUUUUAAACUCCUUACCAGCUUAGUUAUAAUUAAUAAUACGAACCUCCAUUUAUGCAGGUCUGCAGGGGUAUAACACGCCUUGAAAUUUAAAAGAAUAUUAUUUUCACAUUGAAACAUAGAUGUAUAUAUUGUAUAGAUUUCAGACUCUCUUAUGAAAAAUGUGAUUGUGGUUAAAUGACCUUUUUUCCUGCAUUUAUAGCAACAUUGUUUUAUGUACCUGCUAUGCUCUGGGCAUAUGCCGUGCCUAUGUAUAGUGUAUAUUUCCUUUUCUUUUUUUUUUAAGGUCUAUGGGUUUUGUUUUUUACAUACAAACAUUGUAAAUUAUACAGAAGAUACCACAGAUAGCAUUUAUAAAGUAUACAGAAACAUUAUCUGAAAGCAAAGUAUGAUUGUUUGUUUUGCUAUACAGUACAUCUAUAUUGAUAGAGGUUCAUGUUUAAAUUAUACAUAUUUAUUAGCAUCAUAUUAUCAUUUGUUUUGAGCAGUCUGAAUACACGAGGCCAGGAAAUACAUCCGUGGCAGAGCAUCGUAACUAUUUUGCACAUGAUUUUUAAAGGUAUUUAUUAGAAAUCAAAGAACGCUAAAAAUAAACUCAGUGCUCAAAGGGUUAAGUCUAUUUGAAAAGGAAAAAAAAAAGAACAAAAAAAAGAACUUGUACUGUAUUUCCUAAACAUUGAUAAAGCCUUUAAAAUGUUUGUACUGUAAUACUUUGCUUACAAGUCAUGAGGCAUUCUGUGAUACAACCUCUUUCACUUAUUUAUAAGCCCUCUCGGUUGCUAUUCCAUAUUGUAGGAUGCCUUUUCAUUUCAAUUGGUAACUUUCUGUUUUGUUCUUCCUAAUUAUUCUCCCAAGAUCCCACACUGCAGCUUUAUCUUUAGGCUUAUGAAAGGUAACCCGUGGUUACCGGCUCUCCAAGUGAUUCUGUUCUUCUCCAUUUUUGGCAGUUAAUUUGCAGAAGUAACUGACAGCUGACACCAUAUGAGAACCUAUGUAUAAAAUAUUGGCAUGUAAACAGCACAGACACUGUAACACACUCUGUGCCCUGUUUUGUUGUUGACAAUGAACCACCAUCAUGUGACUCUUCAUAUAGCCCUUUUUUCUACGGCAGCAUUAAAAUUG